UAAUAAUAGAUUAAAAUACACACAACGCGUUUUGAUUUAAGAAAGUGGUUUUAAAAGGUGCAAAUUAUGUGGAUAAAAGAAUUUUUUGUGCUAUAUCUAUGUCUUUGCUAUGUGUCGUGCGCUAAAAUUUUGUUUGUUUCUGUCACACCAUCUCCCAGUCAUCAAAAACCGUUUCAAGAAAUUUGGAAAGCUUUAGCAUUGAGGGGUCAUGAGGUACAUGUCGUAACACCAAACCCCCUAGUGAACAGUACGAUCCCCAACUUGAAACAGUACGACAUAAGUGCUGUUUACAGCUGGGCAGCGGAAAUGAAUAAGAAAUUUAAACAACGGGUAAAAUUUUCCUUACAGAAACCAACUUUUUUCGAUACAUUUACGAAAGAAUUUUCGGUAGCCAGAGGUUGGCAUGCUGUAAACGAAUAUGCCUUAACUUUACCAGAAUUUUCGAAGCUGAUUAAUGCCCAACCUAAACUCAGGUUUGAUAGCGUUAUAGUUGAAUGGCUCUAUCCAACUAUGGCAGCAUUGGGAGGAUACUAUGAGGCACCUUUAAUUGGGAUUUGUUCCUUAGGUGCUGCAACUAAUGGUUUAGAUGCUAUAGGGAACGUUUUAAAUCCUGUAGUAACGCCCGAUCAAAAUGUUCCAAUAGGAAGAUCAAAUUUUUCGUUUAGAGAUCGUUUGCUUUCUAUUUUUUAUUCAAUUUGGAUCAGAAUUUAUUAUCAUUGGCAUAUUCUCCCUAUGGAAGACAAGACUGUAAGGAAGUACUUGAGAACAACCUUCCAUAUUUAGGACAAAUUGAGAGAAAUGUUAGUGUGUUACUGUUGAAUAGAAAUCAGAUAUCCCAUAGAAUAAUGCCUGUAGUUCCUGGUGUAAUUGAAUUUGGGGGACUUAACUAUAAUAGAGCUGUACAAACUCUAAACCCGGAUUUACAAGAUUUCUUGGACAAAUCGAAUAAUGGAGUGAUAUAUUUUAGUUUAGGCGCAGCUAUAAAGCUAGUAGACUUUUUAUCACCAGAUCAAGUUCAAAUUUUUAAGUCAGUCUUCAAUAAACUUCCUUAUAAUGUGCUAUGGAAAUUCGAAAAUGACA